GUUUCCUGCCGGACUCAUUUACCCCGCGCACCAGCUGAAAGAAGCGCCGCAUUCUCACAUUUUAUCCAGUGAGGCAGCAGCACAGGUGAGUGUGGACACAUACUACAGCUCUUAUAGUACUUUAGAUCCCAGUAUUUAAUGUUCCAGUUUCACGGGCUAUCAAAUUGAUCUUAAACCUGAAUAACGGGCUGUAGCUUUGACUCCUGUAGUUUUGUGAAACAUGAUUUAAAAGGAAAGAUACGGAUGAAUGGAGCUAGCUAACCAAACAUAAGCUAGCGUUAGCAUCGUAUUCAGUUGUGCAAACACUGCCUUGAAGACAUCAGGCAAGAUUUAAGACUAUAAUCAACUUAAACUCAACUUUCUAACAGUUUAGAUGGAGGUUAGAAAACAGGAAAAGAGAAAACUGACCGAUUAAAAGAAAAGUAAAUACGACAAACGGUCUGAUUUCCGUCUGUUGAUAUGAACUGUCACUAUGACAACCACUUAGCGAGAGCAGACUGAUUAUAAAUAUACAAUUUACAGGUAAUAAAGUGACUUUAAAUGAACUUUGAAGCAUUUUAACUUUCAUACUUUUGCUGUAGAAUACAUGGAAGAAAGGAGGCUAUGAAGACCUCCGUCAGUAUAGGAAACAGGUCGGGUUUUAGUUCAUGCUGACUGGAGAUCCAAUAAGUCUCAUUUAGUAUCCAUGUUUAAACAGGUUUGUUAUAAAUUUGACAGAAAGUACAGGAACUGAGUUUCCAAACUCUCAGACCUGGACUCAUCCGGGCACAAAACUGGUUUCCAUUCAGUAUCAAGAAUGGACAUUACAUUCACCAACUUAAGUCAUAAACUGGGUCCCGGAGACUCAUUACAUUAAACAGCUAUUAACAUCACGACCUUUUUAUAUCACUAAUGUUUGCCUCGUUUUAGUUGUUACAUUGCUAUGUAGUGACUGGGAGAUUUGAAGAUAUCAAACAUAAACUCAAGACUGUUCUCUUUGAGAUGUAAUUUAAAAUACCAUGUAUCAUGUUUUAUAUUUUUAUUUGGUGACAUUUUAAAACUCUCUCUCUCCGAUUUCUUAGAUGAAAAUGAGAACCCAAUUGCACCCAUAGAUAUCUGUCAGUUAAUAAUCAAUCAGACGUAAUUUAUACUUUACAUACAGCAGUACUGUUACAGAUUAUGGUUGUUCACUGCACGUUACACGGUUACUUCAAGUUAAGGUUAUUUUUAGAGCUCAAUGAUUUAUCAGUGAUCAAUGAUAAAUAUGUUACAAAGGAGCAGGCUGGGUACAUUAUUUAAAAUAUAUUUAAAUCAUCUUUUUACUUCGUAACAGUAUAGAGAUGUAAUGAAGGGGGCUGCGCUUGCACAAGAGAGUAUCAGUACUGGUCAAUACUUGGUCUAAUUGCAGAUAUCAAGCUCCCAGGCAAAUAAUUUUGUAUUCACCAAUUGCAAUGGCUUUUAUAUAUCAGUAAUCAUAUGGUGGCAAAGUUAUACGUAAUUUUAUAUUUAGCUCAUUGAAGUGUUUUUACUUCUGGAAAUCAAAAAAUACCAUUUGCAGUAGAAAAAAAUCAUGAAAGAAUAGUGGACCCAUUAAUAUCCAUAAUGAUAAACUAGUAUUUUAUUUCUUCCUUUUGAACGAUUCUCAUUUUAGAAUUUGAUUGUAAUUGAACAGUCUGUUUUUCAAUCAUACUAUUAAUGAGAGAAAAGGUUGACCAAUGGCUGACAUAGAAGCUUGAUAUCAUGUUGUUGCUGUUUGCAUAAAGCAACAUGCAACAAUUUAAUACUAAGAAUGAGAAACACACUUGCCCUUCUUGAAUAAACAUUUCAGAUAGAUAAAUGAAUAGACAGAUUCAGACAGAAAGAUAUAUGACUGUUUAUUAUUGUCAUAAAAGAUUAAUAAUUUCUGUUCAGCUAUCUCUAACUAUAAAAAAGAAAAAGGCACAAGAUAAAUGCUUGAGUUGAAGGUACAAAAAGUAAUGUACAGUUUCAUUAUUAUCUACACGUGAAAACUGAAAUACAUGUUUUUUUUAGCCAGUAACGUUUUCUCUGAUGGAUUUUUAAUUAACUCAUAAAAGGACAAAACAUUAAAGUUUUCUAUUUAGUUCAAAACAUGAUUGAUUUUUCUGUCUGAAGCAAUAUUCAACCGCAUUAUUACAAACUUCAUAAUAGACUUUAGAUUAAACAGCAACUGUUUUAAAUUUAAAAUGGUGUCAUUUAGGAGGGGAGAAAUGUGUUUGCAUUAUGGAAAGAUGAUAGUUACAUUAGACUGUAAGGGCUGAUUUUGAUGUGAUGUUGAUUAUUUCAAAUUGCCAUAAAGCUGACCGUGUUUGUGGCUUUGUGUGUGUAUAAUAGAGGGAAAAGGACUUUUGUCUUGUGUAAAAGUAGGUUAAAUUAUAAGUACUUUUAAAAUCUGUGUAAUUGAAUUUGUGCUCACUCAAAGAUUGUGCAAUGACGGCCUGAUGACUUUAAUGCAGUUACCUAAGGUUUGAUGAUGAACGUGCAUUUGGAUAAUAGCUAGCAUUGUUGAAUUCCAUUAACUUUUGCAUAUUGUUUAAUUAUUUCUCUACAACAUGAUUGUUCAUUCUAUAAUGAAGAUCUCCUCUUUCUCUGUUCAUAACUGGAUGUAGAUGGCGACUACAAAGGUACCAGAGGUGCGGGACAUUGCACGGAUUGAAAGAAUCGGUAAGCACGCACAAUGACACUGGCAUCUUGAAAGACUUCUAUUAAAACACGCUAGUGGUUGCUGAAUGUCCCUUACGAAAGAUUGGCUCUGAUGCAUGCUGAUAAACUAUGUAUCUAUGGAAGGUUUUUCACCCUUUUCCAGCUGUGACUAAAAUGUACUUGUUUAUUUCUACUUUGUGUUCAGGGGCUCACUCUCAUAUUCGUGGCCUUGGUUUGGAUGAUGCUUUGGAGCCAAGACAGGUAAGAUUUAUUCUUUGUUAUACAUAAUCAAAGACUUGUUCUCACUGUGGUUGGUAUUGAACAGGUUAAUACCUAAAGAGAUAUAUUAUAGAGUUGAUCUUUGUCAGGAAAUUCUGUUUCCUUGGAUUUCAGUGUUUGCCAAGUAGUAGUUCACCCUCAGAUUAAUUGUUUUUGCUAAAGACAUUUUAAAUUAAAGCACAGAAAGGUAGACAUGGGGUCAUUCAAAUGUCUUGGUAAUGGCUUCAUGCUUACCUGUUCCUGUCUCUCCUGCAGGUGUCUCAGGGGAUGGUCGGCCAGCUGGCCUCUCGUCGGGCAGCGGGGGUCAUCCUGGAGAUGAUCAAAGAUGGUCACAUCGCUGGCAGAGCAGUGCUGAUCGCUGGCCAACCUGGCACAGGGAAGACUGCCAUCGCUAUGGGUGAGCAGCACACUGGAGGUUCUCCAGAACACAAUAUCUUCUCAUUAUCCUCCCUGGAAGUCGUCCUUUACUCCAUGUUGAUGUAAUUGAUUCAAGUGGUGUAUAUGUUCAAGCAAAAGUUCCUGCUCCCGGGUUCAAAUGAAAUUUUGUUUCCAUGCAGGUAUAGCCCAGUCUCUUGGCCCUGAUACACCCUUCACAGCGCUGGCCGGCAGUGAGAUUUUCUCCCUGGAGAUGAGCAAGACUGAAGCCCUGAGCCAAGCUUUUAGGAAAGCCAUCGGUGUGAGGAUCAAGUAAGUGAACAAACCCAGUGAUUGUGUCUUAGUUAAGUAGUAAAAAACAGAAAAAAAUCCUCAUUGUUUGAAAGGAAUCAAAGUUCAUUCAGUGGGUUUCUUUUUCAGAGAAGAGACAGAGAUUAUAGAAGGAGAGGUGGUGGAAAUCCAGAUCGAUAGACCAGCCACUGGAACGGUAGGUCGAAGCAACACGUCCACUCUUAAAAAAACAGAGUUACAGUGAAAUUUUUAAUCAUCUCUUUGCAAAAUCAUGAUAGAUCAACAAAUAGAAACAUAUAACCCAGUUGGAUACUCAAGAAAGAUUCUGCAUUUCAGGGUGCCAAAGUGGGCAAGCUGACCCUGAAAACAACAGAGAUGGAGACAAUAUAUGACCUGGGCAACAAGAUGAUUGACUGUCUCAGCAAAGAGAAGGUUCAAGCAGGGUGGGUGAAUUGUGCAGGCAGUGUUUUACACACAUACCUGUAUCAACCCAGGACUUUCUAAUAACCACAUCUGAUCUCAACUCCCUCUCUUUAUUUUCUUUUAGGGAUGUAAUCACUAUCGACAAAGCCACAGGAAAGAUCAGCAAGCUGGGCCGCUCCUUCACCAGAGCCAGAGACUACGACGCCAUGGGAGCUCAGGUAUCUGGUCUCUGUCACAUCGAGAGAAAAAACAAAAACUGCUGCAGACAAAAAUGAUUUAUUUUGUAUGUUUAACUGUGAAGGAAUAGAUCAUUUAUACCUAACAAAUUAAGUUAUUUUACUGGUCAUAAGUGUGUUUCUUCUGGGUUCAUCUGAAAAUAUUAUAUUUUCUGACCUAAAAAGUUGACCAAUGAGACUUUAAAUAUCCACAGGGAUGUUAUUUAUCUUGAUGAGCUCAGUCAGCCAUGUUGCUGAUUGUGUUGCUGUGCUGUGAGUGUUCUCCAAAGUAACAAUGUUGAUUAACUGAAAACUGAGAACAAUGUGCUGAGGAUGUGUUGUGUUGACAUUUUUCCUGGCAUCUUGUUGGGUUGGUGUAAUUUGAGUCAGGGAGGCUGCUGCCAGCUACAAGGGGCUGAAACCACAGGAAGUCAGCUGUAAUUUCCUAAGUAAAAACUGCAAUAUUGUUGCAUUAUCAUAAUUGUUAUGAUCCAGUUUGUUCCAUGUGUAGAGAUCAGAGGUGGCACCUGCAGAACGGUUUACUCUUCCUUGCAGACUGAAGUUAAACUGGCUACAAUUUGUUGUGAUGGUCUGAAACUAUCCUUUAACACUUCAUUUUGCUACCAGAUUUUGAAUAUGAGUGAGAAAGAGUUUAAUGAAAAGAAAUGACGUUCUGGAGAAGACUCCAAGUGGUGCUCUUUUACAAAGAAACUCAAUAAAACAAUCAAUCAUUUUAGCUGUUUGUAAAAAAAAAAAUAUAUAUAGAAUGUAUCGCAAGAAUACACAGAACACAGAGACGCUUAACAGAGUAGUGCUGGUACUGUUCUUCGAAAAGUCCAGUGGUUUUAAAUAAAUGAACUUCUUGAUGUAGAAAAUAAGAGAGCUAUAGCCUAAAGCAAAACAUACAAAUGUUUCUAAAGAGUAAACAAAUAUCAGAUAAUGAUGCAGAAAAGACAUGAAUUCAUGCAUAAAUAUUCACUAAAGAUCAAGGAAUCAAGUUAUUGUCAUCAUAGUUUCCUGGUCAAGGAAGAUCUCACAGAUCUGUACUCACUGAGUUUUCUGUGCUUGGUGGCUCGAGCCAAUCAGGCUUUGAUUAAACUAGCGUUAUUAGCACUAACUAUUCACAGUAGGUCAUUUAUUUAUGCAAUCAUACAUUCCAUAUACAUUAUGCUUCGUGCUCUGUGUUAUCUUGCUUUUGUCCCUUUUGACAGUUACAUCCCUGGUAUGUGCAGAUUGAUCCAGAAUACACGAUUCAAUAAACCUCAAAAACACAUCAAAACCACCACAGAGAUAAAACUGAGGAAGAAACAGGUUCCAGUGUUUCAACACAGCCUUCUGUUUUUACCCCAGUCUGCUGUUAUGGUCACAUAAUUAUAUUACAUGAAACAUCUCCUCUCAGCAUGAUCCAUUCAUUUCUGAAGAAUUAAAUAUGGUAAAUAGACCAUAAACUUAUUUGUAUUUUAAAGAGAAUCAGCUUUUAAAACUACUUUCCCUUGUAUUUUUUUUUCGUAUUAUUCUCUCGUCACUCAAGAAAAACCAAAGACAAAUUAUCAUUUUUCAGGCUGUGUGUACAUGUCCCUGAAAACACGCCAUUCCUUCAUUAAAUAGAACAAGUUUGCGUCAUUUCAGAGGUGGCUGAUCGUGCUUAGUUAUUUCUGUCUAUGCUGUCACAAAUUUAACCUUAAACAAUAGCAGAGUUUCAACAGCUAUUGACCUAUUGGUUUUUAGAAGACUCAAAAGUCUGGACUUGCUUGAAAUGGUUUUCUUAAUGUUUAAAAUUCUUUUUUUGCUGAUCUUUAGUCAGUUAAAUGAGCUGAAUUUUUUAACACUGUUAUUCUUGGUGUUGUCUCCGUAGACCCAGUUCGUCCAGUGUCCAGAGGGUGAGCUGCAGAAGAGGAAGGAGGUGGUCCACACGGUGUCCCUGCAUGAGAUCGAUGUCAUCAACAGCCGCACACAGGGCUUCUUGGCCCUCUUCUCAGGGGACACCGGAGAGAUCAAGUCUGAAGUCAGAGAGCAGAUUAACGCCAAAGUAUGCGAGUGGAGAGAGGAGGGCAAGGCAGAGAUCAUCCCUGGGGUACGCUCAUCUCUGUGUCCAUGUUUCUUUAUUCAUGUUAUUCCUGGGAUUUGACUUGACUCUUUCUCUGUUUGUGCUUUCAGGUGUUAUUUAUUGAUGAGGUCCACAUGCUGGACAUGGAGUGCUUUUCCUUCCUGAACCGAGCCCUGGAGAGCGACCUGUCUCCAGUCCUUAUUAUGGCCACAAACAGAGGCAUCACUCGGUAUAAUAAAAAAACAUCUUCAUCCACCUAUCACCUGAUUAUUCAAAUGUGAUUUACUCUAGGGGAGUUAUAGCAGGUGUUCUUAUGUGACUGAGAAAAAAUAACCUCCCACAUCUGUGUAUUAACAUGGAUUAAGAAAAUGCACUUACAACCCUGAAAUAGGGUGUUAAGGCCUUGCAUCAUUAUAGUUUCUUACAUUACUAUUUAUAGGUCACACAUAAUAACUAUGCAUGAAAUUUUUUUUGAAAAAUGUAUCAAACCUGCUGCUCACACCAUUUUAAGAGAUUUCAUGACUAUGAUGGUUUUGAGCUUCCUCUUUUCUAUAGAACAAUUACUGAUCUGAAUUUGUACCUUAAAUGCUUUAUCUAUAUAUCUAUAUCUCUAUAUAUACAAACACAAGACAAUAAAUAUAAAUAUAUAUACACAAGACAAAAAAAAUACUUGCAGAAAACGAAAAAAUACCCAUCACCUUGGACCUUAUCUUACUGCAUAGCCUUGGUGUUUGGCUGCAUGUGAUCAGUCUAUUGUAGAGAUGGGUUUAUGGUGUAUACUUGACUGAACAGCAUAGUGUCAGAUGUGACAUGACAGGUGAUGUAGGGAGCUUCUAACAGAAAAGGCUUUCUGACAGUCUAGAAAGUUUGAUAUUGAACCUGUUUGAUCAGUGAGUUGUGUGUUAGAGAAGAGAAGGGAUGAGCUUAGAUAAAAUGUGAUGCACAUCACAGAACUAUUUUUAAAAUAAUGUGUGAAUCGUGCACCAUGCAGUGAAGUCCGACAGACACUUUGCAGCAUCACACUGGGUCUCUGAUCUGUGAGAUAAACAUCAAUAAUGAAACGUAAGACAUGAAGCCCAAGAAUAUCCUCAAACAGCUACCAAACCGGUUCAGUCAUGUGUUCUGUCUGCAAAUGUGGCAGUUGAUGACCUUUCUGUGCAACAUCUUUGCAUUAGAAUUAAAAUGUUUAAUACAGUAGGCUACAUUUGAACAAAAGUAUAAAUAGAUCUUCAGCCCCCCAAUUUUUUCCCUCUAAACAAGGAAAUACUCAAAGUUUUGUAAGCCUUCAUCUGCUCAUUACAAAUAUUUUUUGGGUGUGAAUUUCUUUUUCAAACUGACUGUUGAAAGAUUUAAAAACCCACCAGAUUAAUCAUGUAAAAAUCCUGUAUGGACUAACCCAUGAUGGACGUAUCAACAACAGUUAAUACGCUUAUUGAUGGACCCAUGGUAGAAAAGCAUAAACUUGUGUUUUCUGAGCAGGUAUUAAUUCCUCAAAUUGCUGCAAAAAGUGUGAAUCCCAAAGAUGCUCUCAGACACAUCCUUCCUGUAUUUGGAUAAAUCAAACAAAUUUGAUGUGUCACUGUUUACUCUGAGCACUGAUUCUGGGUCUGGACUCUUUCCUCUUUCAGUAUCCGUGGCACAAACUACCAGAGUCCUCAUGGCAUCCCCAUUGACCUGCUGGACCGUUUGCUCAUCAUCGCCACCUCCCCGUACACAGAGAAAGAGACGAGGCAGAUCCUGAAGAUCAGGUGGGAGACUCAGUUUAUUGAACCCCAAGAGAAGUUCAUGGUUGCUUCUCCUAGGGUUUGUAAAAAGGAAGUAAACCUGCAUGUUUUUCUUUCAGGUGUGAGGAGGAGGAUGUGGAGCUCAGCGAGGAGGCUCACACUGUCCUCACCCGCAUUGGCAUGGAGACAUCGCUCCGCUACGCCAUCCAGCUGAUCAGCACUGCAGGACUGGUGUGUCGCAAACGCAAGGUGAGCUCAGUCUGGAUAAGAGGGUUGAAUCAAUGAAGUAAAUGUGUGUCAAAGUCAGUGUUGUUUGCAUUCAUACAAAGCCUUUUGAAGACUUGGAUAUGUCAUAUUUCCACAUUGGAGUGAGUUUCUGUUGCCUCAGUGUCGUUAUCUUCUGUGUUUUGUCUUCUGUAGGGGACAGAGGUCCAGGUGGAGGAUGUUAAGAGGGUUUACUCUCUGUUCCUGGAUGAGGCCAGAUCCUCUCAGUACAUGAAGGAAUAUCAGGAUUCCUUCCUCUUUAAUGAAACACGUGAGUCUACUGUUCACCCUCUCGGUCCCUGGUAGAGGCAGGAUGACUCUGCUCUGAAUCACACACAAAUGCAGUCUGUGUUGACGCUGAUGGGUACCAGCACAAGCAAAAUCAAAGUCAUAGAGGACAUUGAAAUGCUGAGACAGACUCAGAUAGGCCUGGGACAAUAACCAAUAAGCACAAUAAAUGAACAAUACAUUUUUCCAGCCUCGAUAUAUCGCCAUGUGCAUGCGUGUCUUUGUUUUCCUCGUCUCGCGCCUCCAAACACGGUAGAUAACAAGAGGGUCCACUCUGUGCAUCGGUCUAAGCACCUGGCACAAGCACACACACAGACAGGCAAGUGAGCCUCCUGAGGAGCAUGGAAGAGCUUAUUGCCAAACCAAAUGCCACAGCCCAGGUGUGGGAGUAUUUCGGGUUUAAGCCCAAUGAGCAAGGUGGGACCAUCAACACAGACGAGCCAGAAUGCUGACUUUGUUUAAAGAUGGUAGCGACAAAAAAGGAAACACGACAAACUUGAAUGUCCACCUCAAACACAAUCACCUGGUCGAGUUUGCCCAGCUGGGGAAAAAAACUGCACCCUGAGAUGCAGAGCCGUCAGCCCAACAGUCAACAUUUACUGAAGCGUUUGGUCGACAAAGCAACUCCAGUUGGGAUAGCGCAAAAUGUCCCAAAUGUCGACAGUAAUAUAAGUUAUCGUCAAUAAUUUGUGGUACAAUAUAUCGUCCAGCAAAGUUUGAUUUCGUCCCAGGCCUAGACUCAGAGGUCUCUUCUGGAGAAGUUUUUUUGUUUUGGCAUGCUCACUAAAAAUCAAACCCCAGUGAAGAUAAGAAAACAGUCCAAAAAAGUGGAGGGCUGCUCUAUUUUAACUCUCAUGUCUAGAGAGAGAAAUUACAAGGAGCAGAUAAACCCGAACCUUGAAAAAUAGAAGACAGAGAGUUUUUAUAAGUUACAUUUACAUAGGAAUUAAGCAAAGUUGGCAAAAAAUGUUGUAUAAAGUAUAUUUGUUUUUUUACGUUUCAGAAACAGCUCAAAUGGACACCUCAUAAUGAAGACAGCUGCUCUGUUUGUUACAGUUUGAAAUUUCUACAUUGGAAACCCUGAGGUUGGAGUCACUUCAGACCUGGAUUGUAUUAAAUUUGGAUUUUCUGUUAAGUUACCUCUAAAAUUUGGAUUAAAUGACCCGAUUCUUUAUUUUUUUAAAACCUUUUUUCCUCCUUGUUCAUCGCUUUAUUUAAAUUCAAAUUAAUCCAUGAGAUCCGACUCGACCCUGAAUUGACCUCAGCUCUGAUUGUCAUUGAGGCCUUGUGGCAGGAAUAUCAGUUCCUUCAGUGUUUUGUUCCUUUUUUCUUGUUGACUUUUCUUUACAUUGUUUAUUUUUAUGGAAAUAAAUAAAGGAGCUUUUCUAAGCACACUGUGA